AUGGCUCCUCCUAAAAAGGCUCCCUUCGGUGGGCAACAAAGAACAAUGAAACUUUCUCAAAAUCUUCCUGUAUUUGACACUUAUUUUGUAAUAAAACGAUUAUCAGACAAUAACGAAUCUUUCAACUCAGUUUCGCCUUUCCUUGUUCAGAAGGCUAUCUCUGCAACAGUUGGCGAGGUCUCCUCGAUUCGCAAAAUGCGUUCAGGGGAUUUGCUGGUGCAGGUUAGUACAAAGAAGCAAUCGCAUCAAAUUUUAAAGUUAAAAGCGCUGGCCACAAUACCCAAUUCUGUCCAAACACAUGUAGCAUUGAAUUAUUCAAAGGGCGUGAUCAUUUGCGGCGAAUUGUUUAAUGUGCCGCUUGAGGAAAUAUUGAAGGAAUUACAGGGUCAAGGAGUGACACAUGUACGCCGCAUAACUAUUCGGCGAGAUGGACAUCUUAUACUGACGUUCCAUUCUCCUAAACUACCAGAAUAUAUCUAUGCCGGGUAUAUGAAACUUCCAGUGAGACAAUACAUUCCAAAUCCCUUGAGAUGCUUCCAGUGUCAGCGUUUCGGCCACUCAAAGGUAAAUUGCCGCGGGACUGUCACAUGCGCCCGCUGCGCUGAGAAAGGCCAUGACAGCCAGCAGUGUACCGCACAAGAAAAGUGUGUGAACUGCGAUGGCGCACAUUCAUUUUUUUCACGGGCAUGCAAACGAUGGACUCUCGAGAAGCAAAUUAUAACACUUAAAAUAAAAGAAAGCAUAUCUUAUCCUGAAGCUAGGAGAAAGGUCUUAGCUGAAACACCAACACCAGGCUUAAGCUAUGCAUCUGCCGUCCAAAAAACAUUCUGUGUGAAUUGCUCAUGCCCAAACUGUAUCAAAAGUAAACCUCAAACCAAUUCACCUGAGAAACCAUCCGACUCUGACACUGAAAAAUCAACAGUAAGUGCUCCUGAAACUUGCAAACUGGAAACAAAUAAACAUAAAAUCAAAUCUAGCAAAUCAAUGAAACUAAAGCUUGCAAAACGCGGGCUUAAAUAA